AUGGCCGACGACAAACCCAACUGCAAGGUCGUUCUCGCCAACAACAUCGCCAAAGGCCUUCUUGACGAGGUGCGCGACGGCUUGGCCAAAAUAGGACGCAAGCCCCUCCUCGUCGGAUUCCUGUCCAGUGCCGAUCCCGCUGCACGAGUCUACGCAGAAUGGACGGGCAAAACCUGUGUUGAAAAUGGCUUCUCCUUCGAACUGCGCGAAACCCCCCGCGACAACCUCGAAGACGCCCUCCUCGACGCCAACGCCGACCCCUCCGUCGACGGCAUAAUAGUCUACUACCCCAUCUUCGGCUCGCGCCAAGACCAGUACCUCCAGCAAAUCGUCUCCAUCGACAAAGACGUCGAAGGCCUCUCGCACCGCUACAUCUUCAACAUGUACCAAAACAUUCGCUUCCUCGACGAGCCCCUCAAUACCAAGAAGAGCAUCUUGCCGUGUACUCCGCUGGCGGUGAUCAAGAUACUAGAGUAUCUCAGGAUCUACAAUACGAUUCUGCCGUAUGGGAAUAGGCUUCAUGGACGCACGAUUACGGUGAUUAAUCGGAGUGAGGUUGUGGGUAGGCCAUUGGCCGCGCUGCUGGCGAAUGAUGGCGCACAGGUGUAUAGUGUUGAUAUCAACGACGUGCAGGAAUUCACGCGCGGUGUGGGGUUGCGCAAGAGGCGGCACGAAGUUGUCGAGAAACCCGGUUGGACGCUGAAGGAUUGCCUGCCACUCAGCGAUGUCGUGAUUAGCGGUGUUCCUGGUGACAAGUACAAGGUACCGCUUGAGUUGAUGCGUGAUGGUGCUGCGUGCAUUAAUUUCUCGAGUGAGAGGAAUUUCACGCCAGAGGUCAAGGAGAAGGCGUCGAUUUAUGUACCGGCGAUUGGAAAGGUUACGAUUGCGGUUCUGCUGAGGAACUUGCUGCGUCUUACUCAAAACAAGAUCGAUGCCGCUGCUCAAGGUGUAGAAGAAAAGUCCUCGGCAGAGCCAGUUGUUGAGUCGACAGCCUAG